CUAUCUUUGCUGUGAUUAUUUCUCAUUCUGCAUUUAUGGCCAUGGCAGCUCCAACUCUGACCCCAAUUCCUUCAAGAACAACCUUCAAUCAUCAAAUCCAUGGCCUUCAGCUAAAAUUCUCAGUUUCCACUUUCAACCCUCCAAUCCAAAACAGAGGAAGGAGCCUUCGAAUCCGAUUAUCAUCUUCCCCCAAUCAGAACAAUAAUCAGUCCUCUCCCGGAUUAUACUCCGCAAAGAAAUUCGAGCUUACCACAUCCAACGUCGACCUUGUUCUCGAAGAUGUUCGCCCUUACCUCAUCGCAGACGGUGGCAACGUCGACGUGGUCUCCGUCGAAGACGGCGUCGUAUCUCUCCGUCUUCAAGGAGCUUGCGAGAGCUGCCCCAGCUCCACCACAACCAUGACGAUGGGGAUCGAGCGCGUUCUUAAGGAAAAAUUCGGAGAUGCCGUUAAGGACAUUCGCCAAGUCUACGAUAACCAACCCAAGGAGACAACCGUUGAGGCUGUGAAUAGUCAUCUUGAUGUAUUGAGACCGGCCAUAAAGAAUUACGGAGGCAGCGUGGAAGUGUUAUCCGUUGAAGGUGAGGAGUGCAAGGUUAAGUAUGUUGGACCAGACUCCAUUGGAUCCGGAAUCAAAGCAGCCAUCAAGGAGAGGUUUCCAGACAUUCUCAAUGUUACCUUCUCUUCCUAGCUACCACCAACAUCAUCAUCACUUUCUCUGCAACUAUGCCUUAGUAUGUCCUUCACUUGUAAACCAUCAUCCUCAAAAAAUGUAGAGUUACCAGUAGUGGGGGAAUAUAGCAGUUCUUUUCAUUGUUUCUGUCUUAAGUUUGGAUUGGAAACUUCCUCUAUGGUAAAUGUACUACACUUCUUAUGCAUGUUAUUGUCUCUUCUUUUCUUUGGAAUGCUAAAUUUUAAUUGAGUUGUUA